AUGAUAAUAACACUAGGAAAGAAAUUGGAAUCAAUGCCACCAGAAAAAGCAAUAUCAGAAAAAACGACAAUACCAGGAAAAGUGACAACACCAGGAAAAACGAUGAUACCAAAAAAAGCAAUGAUACCAGAAAAAGCAAUGACACUAGGAAAAAUAACAAUACCAGAAAAAGUGACAAUACCAAAAAGAGAUCAGAAUCAAUUCUGCCAGAAAAA